AUGGCACCCGCAUCACUACUGGACCUCGUGUCCGCGCUGCCCGACACGUCAGGAUGGGGACCGCCAGUUACCACCGAGUCGAUGCUCGACGGCGUGCCCUUCGCGCCUUACUCCAAGGCCGACAAGCUGGGUCGCAUGGCCGACUGGACUGAGGGCAAGGACCGCGAGCGGGGAGGACGCCAGCAGUACGGCAACCGCAACUACAGGGACCAACAGGUAUACGGCGCAAACCAGCAGACCAACCCCUUCGCUAUCCAGGCCGCCGAAGAGGAGGCGACCUUCUCCGUCGUCGACAACACACGCACAUCAGCCCGCGGUCGAGGAUUUGGACGAGGCGGCGGCACUGUCUUCCGUGGACGUGGAGGAGCCCGGGGUGGACAGGCGCAACGCGGAGGGCGGGGCACCUUCCAGCGUGUUGGUGGCCGUGGUGGAAACCAGUACGACAACCAGCGUGGUGGACGGGGCGGCAGGGGAGGACGCCGCUUUGGCUGGAGGGACGACAAGCCCCAGCGCAACCGCGAUGCUUCCGUGCAGGUCAAGCCCGAAUGGAACGUCAUGGAGGAGAUCGACUUCUCCCGUCUCAGCAAGCUCAACCUGGAUACCCACGAAGGCGAGGACAUCGACAACUACGGUUUCCUCUACUACUACGACCGCAGCUAUGACAAGCAGCCUGGCGCGAAGACCUCGGAGCGAAAACUCAACGUCCUCGACCGUGCUGCCUACAAUGUCACCACUUCCAGCGAUCCCAUCAUUCAGGAGCUUGCCGACAAGGACGAGGCUACUGUAUUCGCUACCGACGGCGUCCUGUCUAUGCUCAUGUGCGCCACCAAAUCUGUCUACUCCUGGGACUUGGUCUUCACCAAGCGGGGCAACAAGGUCUUCAUCGACAAGCGCGAUGGCUCAAGUCUGGACAUGGUUACUGUCAACGAGAACGCCGCCGACGCGCCCCUCGAAAUCUCCGAAGGCAACAAGGACUCCAUCAACAGCCCCGGCGCCCUCAUGCUCGAAGCCACCCACAUCAACAACAUCUUCCCCCUCCAGGUCGUUUCCGAGUCCGAGACACAGAAGGUCAACAUGCCCCACGAGCACCCCUUCUACAACGAGGAGGUUGAGACCGACCCACCAGCGUCCAAGGCAUACAGGUACCGCCGCUUCGAUCUGUCUCUGGACAAGGACGAGGAGCCUCUGCACCUGGUUGUCCGGACAGAGCUGGACGCUGUUGUUAAGAACAACAUCAACGGUGAAGACCAGUACCUGACCAUCAAGGCCCUGAACGAGUUCGACAACAAGGCACAAGGAGCUGGUGGUGCGCUCGACUGGAGAUCCAAGUUGGCCAGCCAGCGUGGUGCUGUCCUCGCCACUGAGAUGAAGAACAACUCCUGCAAGCUUGCCCGAUGGACUGUGCAGAGUAUCCUGGCCAAGGCCGACACCAUGAAACUUGGUUUCGUGUCCCGUACCAACCCCAAGAACAACAACGACCACGUCAUUCUCGGUGUCCUUACCGCCAAGCCCCGUGACUUUGCCGCUCAGAUGGCCCUUAACCUUAACAACGGAUGGGCUAUUGUCCGUACUAUCGUUGAUAUGGUAUUGAGGAUGGAUGAGGGCAAGUAUGUGCUUGUCAAGGAUCCCAACAAGUCUCUUCUUCGCUUGUACUCGGUUCCCAUGCACACUUUCGAGGAGGAGGAUAUCGAGGAGAUGCAGGCGCCGAAUGAGGAGGACGAGGAGUAA